CACUACAACUCUACCCUCCAAUCUCCGUCCAAUUUACCAUGGCAGCCACACCUGAACAAACUCACCCCCGAUUCCGAACAGCCCCCUCAGCAACCACCACCACCACCAGAGGCGGAGGACACUAAGAAAUGGGGGACCCACAUCAUGGGCACCCCAGCAGCCCCGAACGUCCACCCAGACAACCAGCAAGCCGCCCUAUGGAAAGCCGCCGACCACCAGCAAAUCCCCCACCAGCAGCCCUACGUCCAGUACUCUCCGAUCGACAAACCCACCAACAACCCCUUUGAGCCGGUUAUCCAAGCGUUCAAUUCCUGGAGCGCUAAGGCGGAGACCAUGGCCAGGAACAUCUGGUACAACCUCAAAACGGGGCCCUCUGUUCCUGAAGCGGCGUGGGGGAAGGUGAACUUGACGGCGAAAGCCUUAUCCGAAGGCGGAUUCGAGUCGCUGUUUAAGCAGAUUUUCGCGACUGACCCGAACGAGAAGUUGAAGAAGACGUUUGCCUGUUAUCUUUCGACGUCGACGGGGCCGGUUGCCGGGACUCAGUAUCUGUCGACUGCUAGACUGGCUUUUUGCAGCGAUCGUCCUCUGACUUUUACUGCUCCGUCUGGACAAGCAACUUGGAGUUACUACAAGGUGACUAUACCUUUGGGAAAUAUAAGCACCGUGAACCCUGUGGUGAUGAAAGAGAAUCCGCCGGAGAAGUACAUUCAGAUCGUCACCACAGAUGGCCAUGAAUUCUGGUUUAUGGGUUUUGUUAGUUUCGACAAGGCAUCCCAUCACAUCUUCGAAUCUGUAGCAGAUUUCAGAGCUGCUGGGAAUGCGGUGCAGCAAGUGCAGCCGGUUCCUGGCUAGAACAACUAGAAGGAAGAUUUCACGUUUUGGAUGCUUAAGAUCGUCAUCUUCCUUUCCAGAUUUUGUUUACGUAGUUUAGCUUUGAUUUGUUUCUUUGUAUGUUUAGUAGAUGGUUCAUUUUCGUCUGUACCUCAUGUAUUAUAUAUGUUUAUAGCGUUUGUUUAGUGAAAUAGUAAAAUUACGUGACGGUAUUGCGAGUGUU